AUGAUCGACGCCACAGCAUUGCAUGCUGUGAUACAACACGUCUUGCCCUCCAUCGUGGCGCAUGAAGCGGAGUCAUCAAGCCCUUUCAUCCUCGGCCUUUCGGGUCUCCAGGGAAGCGGCAAGUCGACUUGGGCUUCAGCCCUCACAGACACACUCAACACGCAGUACGGCAUCAACACAAGGACGCUGUCGCUUGAUGACCUUUACCAUGACCAUGACCAGUUGGUAGCGUUACGGGACUCCAACCCGGGAAACGAUCUCCUCCGGACCCGCGGCCAACCCGGCACACACGACGAAGACUUGGCGCGUCGUUUCUUCGACGAUGUCUCCACAACAGCAACGACAGAAUCCUUAGGUGCCGCCGGCUCAGCUGAGCCCAUCAAGUGGCCCGCAUUCGACAAGAGCUUGUACGGAGGUGAAGGCGGUAGGGUCCCCGUCGAGCAGUGGGAGGCCGUGCCCCGAAUCCCACCGCUGAAGGUUAUCAUCUUCGAGGGCUGGUGUGUGGGUUUCCAACCGCUAUCGGAUGAUGCGGUAGAAGCAAAGUGGAGGAGAGCAAAGGAAGGAUCUACGACCAGCAACCCGAGUCGUCCUCAGCUUUCCACAACGACGCUGGCGAACCACAGCCUGGACCAUCUUCUCCUCAUCAACAAGAACCUGCUGCGGUACUGCGAGGCCUUCAUGGGCCCCUGGCGCUUCGACGCGUUCCUCCACCUCAGCACCGACCAGCUGGUCAACGUCUACCACUGGCGCCUGGACCAGGAGAGGGCGCUGCGGGAGAAGAAAGGUGCGGGCAUGACGGACGCGGAGGUUGUGCGGUUCGUCCAAGGCUACAUGCCGGCUUACGAGCUGUAUCUGGAGAGACUGACGCAGGAGCCGUUCUUCCCGCCGCGGGAUGCGCCGAGGAAGCCUCAUGUUCGCAUAAUCUUAGACUCAAAUCGAACAGUCCUGCGCGUCGACAAUGCGUAG